AAUGAGUAAUGUUUACCUUAGUAUGAGUAGAGCCUUAUAACCGCGAAGCUAUCAAAACUAAUCGACAACGGAAGAAGUCAGCACAGAAGUUCUCUAAAUGCGGACAGCCGGGGGCAACGACAACAAUCAAUUUGAUGUUAAGAAUUUUUGUUCAGUUUCAACCUCGGAAGUUGUGCUCGUAUCGCUCAUCGUCUGCCCCUUCAGUCCUGCUGUUCGUUUCUUGGCGACUGCUUUCGGCAAGCUUCUGCUCCUCAUCGUUGGCGGUAUUAUGCUGCUGUUUUCUGCUCGCUUCGGAUCGGCGACGGACUUUUUCGCGCAAGCGCAGCUCUUCCUGCGUCAAGGGCAGAUAAGGACGGGUUCCUCCGUACAGCGGCCAUUGGCAGCGGCGGCAGCCUAUCUCCCACAUCGCUAAUUUGGACAACACUUCUGUUACAGCAAUUCACGCACAUUGAGUGAACAUGUCUCUCUCGGAUCGGCUGGCGAUCGUCACCGGUGGAGGAAGCGGCAUCGGCAAAGAGGUCUGCCACGCCCUGGCGAGAGAAGGGGCAAAGGUCGUCGUGGCUGAUAUCAACUUGGAUGCAGCGAGGGCAACCACCGCUGAACUGAAAGGCAAAGGUCACCUCGCUCUUCAUGUGGACGUGGGCGAUUCUACUUCGGUCGCUAGCCUCAUCAAGAACGCCAGUACUCAAAGCACAACACCUCUGAGCAUCGUGGUCAACUGUGCUGGCGUGGCCAAGCGGUCUUCAGUCGUGGACACUCCGGAAGACGAUUUUGAUGAAGAGCUGCGAGUGAACCUCAAGGGUACCUUCCUAGUGAACCAGGCCACUGUCAAUGAGAUGAUCAAAAACAAAGUACCCGAGGGCGCCAUCGUUAACAUAGCUAGUAUUUUGGGCAAGACCGGUCGCGCUGGUCAUGCCGCGUACGCCGCCUCCAAGAGCGGCGUUAUUGCAUUUACCAAGUCUUUGGCGCAAGAACUGGCCGGCACGAACAUCCGCGUGAACGCCCUGCUGCCGGGACCAACCAGCACCCCCAUGUUAGAUCUUUUUCACGACGAAAGACUGAAAUCGACCCUUACUUCGAUUCCCAUGAGGAGAUCGGCGAACCCGGAGGAAGUGGCCGACGUGGCCAGAUAUUUGUGUUGCUCUGGAAGCUCCUACAUAACCGGCACCUGUGUGGAGGUCGCAGGUGGAAUGGGCUCUUAAGAUCAGAGUGUAAACGAGUGAGAGAAAAAGAAAACACUUUUAUCUUUCCCUUGACUUAAUGAAA